CUUUAAGCAUUUCUGUGUGCUAACGUGACAAUCAAAUUGAUAAUAUAUUUAAAGAAUUUUCGGCGAAAAGUGAAAGUGAAAACGGGAACAAGGCCGAAAACCAAACAACCAACAAAUGGCACAUUAUGCUGCUAAGGUCGCCAACGACUGCGGCAGCAGCGGCAACCGCAAGAGCAACACCAACACCAGCAGCAGCAGCAGCAGCAGCAGCAUCAGCAGCUACGACGCGAACGGCAAUAGCAGCGGCAGCACUUAAAUGCAGCAGCAGGGAAAAUCAUCUGAAAACUGGCGAAUAAAACUCAACGACAGGCAAAAACUAUUAAAUCUCGCUGGAUGCCUGCGGCAAUAGUUAUUGUUAAACAACGGGCGAAGCAGCAGCAUCAGGAGGGUCAGCAACAGCAGCAGGGGAGGGGCCAACAAAAGGAGCAGCACCAGGAACACCAGCAACAAGAAAGGAAACAAAUUUGCAAUAUAAAUUUAUGCGAAUUUUUGCGUCGCAGCGGCGCCGACAACGACGUCGACGUCGACGUCCAGGCCGAGCGUAACCCAGGCCAAGCUGCGGGCGUCGACGUCGCAGCAAGUACAGUAAUACCAGCAGCACAAACAACAGAGAGAGCAGCAGCGAAAAAAGUGGGAGUAGAAAGAAAGAGAGAACGAGCUGCCAUAAACGGCAGCGCAGCAGAGAGACGACCCAUAGAAGCAGUGGAGUGGGCGGGAGCGGGAGAAGCGGGAGCGGGAGCGCGAGCACCAGGCACCAAGAGGAGAGCCACAGCAAGAACAACGCGUACAGUUAUUAUAAUAAUGGCGUUAGUUGUUAGCAUAAUGCAGCAACAACUACAACAACAGGGGCAUCAAGAGCAACAGGAACAGCAGCAACAACAACAACAGCAACAAGAGGAGCAGCCGCUACUCUGGCCAUUCUAUAACGGCCUCUUGUUUGCCGCAGCGGCGGCCGCAGCUCCUUACAACAGCUCCUCCUCGAAUGACUUCAGUCUCGAGGCUGGCUCCGUGGCUGGCCCCCCCACCCUGUCCACAUUUCUAUCGGCACCAACAUCACUGGGCGGCGGCUCAUCAUCGUCUGCGGUGGAGGCGCCACCGCAAACGGAUGCCACGAAUCACACUUUCAAGAGUUUAGCCUUCCUGGCCGGCGACGGCGAUGAGCUGCGCAGCGGCCCCGUGUCCUUUGGCUCAGAUCUCUUUGCGCUCGGAACGGAAACGGAGAUGGACAGGGACCGGGACCGGGACACGGACACGGACUUGUACUCGGACCUCGCCCAGUCCCUGCCAAUUUUCGACUUUGGCAUGCCGCGCAACAUCACCGGACGCACUGGCCACACCGAGGCCAUAAUUAAAUGCCGCGUGGACAGUCUACAUGAUAAAUCGGUAUCCUGGAUACGGAAACGUGAUCUGCAUAUCCUCACUGUCGGCACAGCCACCUACACCUCGGACAAGCGUUUCCAGGUAACCGAGUCGAAGGAUGCCAGGGAGUGGACGCUGCAUGUGAAGUCACCGCAGGCGCGGGACAGCGGCAUCUACGAGUGCCAGGUCAACACGGAACCCAAAAUGUCCAUGGCAUUUCAGCUGAACAUCAUCGAAAUCUCACCCGACGCCAAGGCCGUUAUCAGUGGGCCACCGGAUCUGCACUUUAAGGCAGGCAGCGCCAUAAUCCUCAAUUGUGUGGUGCAGCAGCCGUCCGUGAAGGACAUUGGACCGAUAUACUGGUAUCGCGGCGAGCACAUGAUCACGCCAUUCGAUGCAGACGAUGGCGAGGCGGCUGGCCCCACAUCCACCAAGGAGGAGCAACAGCGAGGGCAUCCUUUGGAGGUGGAAGCGUCGCCGAAUGAUGUGCUGAGCGAGGUGGACCUGCAGCGGGAGUUUGCCACACGCAUCGCCAUGGAGUCACAGCUGGGCGACACCCUCAAGUCCAGGCUGCGCAUCGCCAAUGCCCAGACGACGGACACCGGCAACUACACGUGUCAACCCACAACGGCCAGCAGCGCCAGCGUCCUGGUCCAUGUGAUUAAUGAUGAGAAUCCCGCUGCGAUGCAGAAGAGCGAGGCAUUGGCACUGCCCGGACUUGGCCUCCGCCUGGAGCUUUGUUGGAUGUUCCUCUUGGUAUUAGCUCUCAGUCGUUGAAGGCGAAAGUUGUACCCCCAGCAGCAGCAUACUCAUUAUCGUCAUCAUCGUCAUUAUCAUCGUUAACUUUGUUAUUGCAAACCAAGAAAGGAAAAAAAAAAACGACAGAGGGGGAGAGUUGGAGGCAGAGGCAGAGACAGGAAGAGACAGAGUGUUGUAACAAAUGGAAAAACAUGAGCAAGAAUUAGAUGUCUCUCCUCCAGAUAUGUUUUUUAGAAAUUCUCUGCAAAAAGGAAAGGCAAACACGAGCACAGAGAGCCAUGCGCUCGCUUUCCCUUUCAAGCAUAAUGUGUUUCCUUUUUAAUAUUUACAUUUCAUUGUUCAAAACGAGACACUGGGCCCCGGAAAAUGCAAUGGAAAAUGCAAAAGGAACGGCCGUAGAAGGCAGACGCGAACCACAGAAGCACAGAAGGAUGACACUCUCUGUAAAUACCACAAAGAUGCGGCCCAGGCCCACCAGCUAGCUUUCCUUUAUCAUGCAAAAUGCAUACAUAUAUGUACAGUGCCGAGUAAAAGUCUAUGUACGACCCAAGACACAUUUUAGCAUCAACUGUAAAAUGUAUAAAACUAGUGUUAAUGCCUAGAGAUACUUAUGAUUGCAGAAAUGGAAACUAAAAUACGAUUACUAUUAGGGACCACCUCUGCUCUUGCUAUUUUGGAUUUCCAGCAAUUUGUUUUUCCAUUUAAAAAUAGAUCUCUUUUGCUUACUCUUUUUCUAUGACAAGGUUUAAGCUUUAUUCUAAUAUUUUAUAAUUUACUUAAAUUCAUUUUUUGCUCCCUCUAGUUAGCCAAAAAUUGCUUGUCAAAUGCAGAGACUUGAGUACGCCACUGUUGGAUGAAUGCAAAAGUUUAUUUUAUUUCAUUAUUCUGCCUCCAGCUUCCAGCUUCCAGUCUCCUCUCCCUCUCUCUCUUCCUGUCUCUCUGCUCUCCACACACAUCGAGAAGACAAAGGAGCGUAACACGCAUCGACUUGAUAAACAUUUCAUGCUGUCUUAGCACAGAGAAGAGAGCAAAGCUAACCCAAGAGAAAAGAAAAACGAAAAAGCAAACACACAGUCUGUGGCACAAGUAUACAGCCAUACCCACUACCCAUACUACUCUACCCGAAGAAUUGUAAUAUAUACAUAUAUGAAAACGAAAAAGAACUCUCAUCAAAUAACUAAAAAAAAAGCACACAGACGAAGAACGAACGUAAAACUGUCAUCAAAUAACAUAAUAAAAUAAA